AUGACACUAAUAUACCCCAUAGACCCUGAAGGAGACAUUGAGCCACCUCACACUGGCGGCUUUUUCGAUUAUCCUGAAUAUAUUAAUAACACAUAUACACGCGCGUUGUUUGACCCGAUGGGUCCGCUACCUUCUAGCAGGCAUGGUGCAGACUAUAGUUCCGCCAAUGAUUUUAGCUCUCAUACCGCCAACUUCCCGUCCAAGAACGCCGCGGAAGAAAUGCCAUUGAAUGCGACCCCAGGCUCUUUCGCACCGAACUACGGUGACUUCAGUCCUCAAGGGCUUGAUGACUUUGCUUGGAUGGACCAUGCAUCGUUGCAAUCAUUGCCUACGCAGCAACCUACCCAAAUGAUUGAGUUAUCUUCUGGUCAAUUCACUUGGCCUACCACAACAUCGCCAUGUGGAACUAUUGAGAACGAAGAAUCAACAUCAAGACCUUCUCUACCGAGGGAUCUGUCACGUGGCUACAGAGGACUUCCUCGACGAAAAAGCGGGUAUAUGAUACAGAAAGUCGACCAACGACCAAAUGCCACCUUCAUCCCACCCACUGCAGGCCCAGCGGAUCCUUUGGAACGCUGGAAAGAAUCGCCCCCCGAAGGAGAGGCUGCCAGUUUAUCAGCUAUCAAGAGUGCGCUUGAGAAUUUCUCGACAUAUUCCGGUGGGCCUCAACGGCCUGGUACGCCUGGGUCUCAGGGCGGGCGAAUUGUUCCAAAAGCAUCGUUCAGGAUCCCGGGCACCUUCAACAGCUAG